AUGAUACCUCCAGCUCACAUUCACACAUCUAUCACAGAUAUUUCUCAUGCUAUUGACCGUUCUUUAAAGGAUGAGUUCUUCCCAGUUGCCAAAACACCUUCAGAAGAAGAAAAUUACUUCGUAACUAAUCCAAGACCACCUUAUCUAGAUGAACUGAUUAAUGAAGCACAGGAAUUCAUUCAGUAUCAACAUUCACAAGGUAGAGACAAGAUUGUGCUUGUCACUUCUGGUGGUACUACUGUUCCCCUGGAGAAUAAUACUGUUAGAUUUAUUGAUAAUUUCUCAGCAGGUACAAGAGGUGCAGCAUCAGCUGAACAAUUUCUGGCACAUGGUUAUAGUGUAAUCUUCCUUCAUAGAGAAUUUUCUUUAACACCCUUUAAUAGAAAAUUUACAAAUAAUAGUAAUCAUUUAUUCCUAGAUUACCUUGAAGAUGAUGGGACUUUAAAGUCAAAAUAUAUGACUGAAUUUAAACAAAAUAAAGAAUUAUAUGAUAAAUAUCUUGAAAAAGAGAGAAGAUUGGUGAUGUUACCAUUCACUACAGUGAAUCAAUACUUAUGGUCUCUUAAAUCUAUUGGUAAAUUAAUGAAUUUUAAAGGUUGCCUUUUCUAUUUAGCUGCUGCGGUAAGUGAUUUUUUUGUUCCACAUUCAAAAUUACCAAAACAUAAGAUUCAAAGUAGAGAUUAUGGAACUAACUCUACUGAGGACCUUAAGGACACUGAGACAAAUACUACUACCACAGCAGAUGGAAAAUUAAUUGUCAAUCUAGAUCCUGUGCCAAAAUUCUUAAGUCGUCUGGUUAGUUCUUGGGCCAGCAGAUCUAUGAUUGUCUCUUUCAAAUUAGAGACAGAUAAAUCUAUAUUGAUUCAUAAAGCUCAGUACGCCUUAGAACGUUACAAUCAUCAAUUAGUCAUUGGUAACCUAUUACAAACAAGAAGUAAAGAAGUUGUAUUUGUUACACCUGAUCAGAAGGAUGGUUAUAUGAUAAAUCUAGACACUCAUCCAGAAGUGACUACAAUUGAGGAAUUAAUAAUUCCAGAAGUCAUAAAUAUUCAUGAUUCGUGGAUACAACAUUAA